AUGUCUAAAUACAAGAGCCCUAAUGGCAAUGGGCGGAAAUUUCUAAUACUGUUUACUAUCUUAUCGAUAAUAUUGAUAAGUUUAGCCUUGCUUAAUUUCUCAUCGAUAAAUUCAGCCAGUGAUAUCCAUGACGUUAUCACGAGUCUACCAAAUGACAAGAUAACCGGGCUUGGUAAAUUCUUAUCCUCGGAAAAUAGUAAAACUCAAGAUGAACUAUUCAACAAGAUUCAAAAGAUGAAUAAAAAAUUCUUUCAAUCUCAAGAAGAAAAAAUUAGUAAGCUUGAAGAGCAAUAUGAUUUGAUACUAAAGGAAUUGAAACUGUUGAAGACUCCUCCGAGCCAUGCUUCGUUACGAGAAAAGUUGACUUUUAUUUACAGCUAUAAUCCAGAACUGAAGUUCCCCGCAUAUAUUUGGCAAACUUGGAAACAUGGCUUGAAUGAUGAUAGAUUCGAAGAAAAGUAUAGGAAAGGUGAGUCACAGUGGGCUAUUAUCAACCCUGGUUUUGUUCACGAGUUGUUCAACGAUGAUACGGCACAUACAAUGAUAAAGUAUCUCUACAAUCAAAUACCGGAAAUUAUUGAAACUUAUGAACUUUUACCUGAAGUUAUAUUGAAGAUGGAUUUUUUCAAGUACUUGGUGUUAUUUGCAAAAGGAGGCGUUUAUGCCGAUAUUGACACUUAUCCGCUUCAGCCAAUACCAAAUUGGACUCCAGAAAACGUGAGCCCCUUAGAUAUCGGAAUAAUUGUUGCUGUGGAAACCGAUUCAUCUUCCCAAAAUUGGAGAGAAAAUUCGGUGCAUAGGUUACAAUUUGGACAGUUUGUCAUUCAAGCCAAACCAGGUCAUCCGAUUUUAAGAGAAGCGAUUGCCGAAAUUGUUGAAUUGACUAAACUUAAGCAGCUUGAUAGUUUAUCGUCAACCGGCGGAACAGCUUUGAAAGUAACCGGCGACACAAAUCAAAAAUCAAUGAAAAUAAGCCAAUGGACUGGCUCUGGAAUAUGGACAAAUGUUAUUUUGAAAUAUUUCAAUGAUUAUAUAUUGUCCUCGGUAUUUCGAAAAGUUACAUGGAAAGAUUUCCAUGAGUUGAAUACACCAAAAUUGGUUAGCGACGUUUUAGUAUUACCAAUGAGCUCGUUUGCUAGUGAUGAGGAAAUACCUAAAGAUGGAAAGAAUGACAAUCAUUUAGCAUUUGUUAAACAUUAUGCUGCAAAAAUCUGGAAAAGUGUUUAG